AUGAAAAAAAAGGAACAAAAGAAAGAACAAAAAAAAAGAAAAGAAAUGAUAGAAAAGAAAAAAAGAAAAGAAAGGAACAAAGAUAAAGGGGAUGAAGAAAAAGAAAUGAGAGAAAAGAAAAGAAACGAAAGAAAAGUAAGGAAUGAAGAAAAAGAAAAGGAACGAAGGAAAGGAAAAGAGACAAAGGAAAAAAAAAGGAUGAAGGAAAAAAAAGGAACAAGGGAAAAGAAAAAGAACAAAGGAAAAGAAAAUGAAUGA